AGCUCCAGAGACAGAGAAGAGGGGGAAGGAAGCACUCACUGAUCUGCAGGUGUUUAGACUGAGGCCGGGAGUGGGCGUACUCCAGCCCCCACACCUGCAGCCCCCAAACCCUAACAGGCAAGAGUCGCCGCAGCCAUGGCGGGAAUGAAGACGGCCACCGGCGACUACAUCGACUCGUCCUGGGAGCUGCGGGUGUUUGUGGGAGAGGAGGACCCGGAGGCCGAGUCAGUCACCCUCCGGGUCACGGGGGAGUCGCACAUCGGCGGGGUGCUCCUGAAGAUCGUGGAGGAGAUUAAGCGCAAGCAGGACUGGUCAGACCACGCCAUUUGGUGGGAGCAGAAAAGACAGUGGCUGCUGCAGACCCACUGGACACUGGACAAGUACGGUAUCCUGGCUGAUGCCCGCCUCUUCUUCGGACCCCAGCACCGGCCCAUCAUCCUGCGGCUGCCCAAUCGCCGCGCCGUGCGCCUCCGGGCCAGCUUCUCCCAGCCCCUCUUCCAGGCGGUGGCUGCCAUCUGCCGCCUCCUCAGUAUCCGGCAUCCUGAGGAACUGUCUCUGCUCCGGGCUCCUGAGAAGAAGGAGAAGAAGAAGAAGGAGAAGGAGCCGGAAGAGGAGUUGUAUGACCUGACCAAGGUCGUCCUGGCUGGGGGCGUGGCACCUGCGUUGUUCCGGGGGAUGCCAGCCCACUUCUCAGACAGUGCGCAGACCGAGGCCUGCUAUCACAUGCUGAGCCGGCCACAGCCACCGCCGGACCCCCUCGUGCUGCAGCGCCUGCCUCGGCCCAGCUCCCUGUUGGACAAGACCCAGCUCCACAGCAGGUGCACGGCUGGCCGGCCUCCCCGACCCCUGCCGCAGACGGACCCGGUGCGGCUGACCCAGCUGUACGAGCAGGCGCGGUGGGACCUGCUGUUGGAGGAGACCGACUGCACCGAGGAGGAGAUGAUGGUGUUUGCAGCCCUGCAGUACCACAUCAACAAGCUGUCCCAGAGUGGGGAGGCGGGCGAACCCGCCGCCGCCGCAGACCCCGGGCUGGACGACCUGGACGCGGCCCUGAACAACCUGGAGGUGAAGCUGGAGGGGUCGGCGCCCACAGACGUGCUGGACAACCUCACCACCAUCCCAGAGCUCAAGGACCAUCUCCGGAUCUUCCGGCCCCGGAAGCUGACCCUAAAAGGGUACCGCCAGCACUGGGUGGUGUUCAAGGAGACCACGCUGUCCUACUACAAGAGCCAGGAGGAGGCCCCGGGGGACCCCAUUCAGCAGCUCAACCUCAAGGGCUGUGAGGUAGUCCCCGAUGUCAAUGUCUCCGGCCAGAAGUUCUGCAUCAAACUCCUAGUACCCUCCCCCGAGGGCAUGAGUGAGAUCCACGUGCGGUGCCAGGAUGAGAAGCAGUACGCCCACUGGAUGGCCGGCUGCCGACUGGCCUCUAAGGGUCGCACCAUGGCAGACAGCAGCUACGCCAGCGAGGUGCAGGCCAUUCUGGCCUUCCUCAGCCUGCAGCGGACGGGUGGCGGGGGCUCAGGCAACCACCCCCAGGGCCCUGACGCCUCUGCCGAGGGCCUCAACCCCUACGGCCUUGUUGCCCCACGCUUCCAGCGCAAGUUCAAGGCCAAGCAGCUCACCCCACGGAUCCUGGAAGCCCACCAGAACGUGGCCCAACUUUCGCUGUCCGAGGCCCAGCUGCGCUUCAUCCAGGCCUGGCAGUCCCUGCCUGACUUUGGCAUCUCCUAUGUCGUGGUCAGGUUCAAGGGCAGCAGGAAGGAUGAGAUCCUGGGCAUCGCCAACAACAGACUGAUCCGCAUCGACUUGGCCGUGGGCGACGUGGUCAAGACCUGGCGCUUCAGCAACAUGCGCCAGUGGAACGUCAACUGGGACAUCCGGCAGUCUUUAAGACUCUCACUUACCAGCCCUCAUGGGAAGCCCCAGCUUCAGGGCCCCGUGACGCAGAGCGUAGGACAAAGCCUUGGACAGUUGCACAUCUCGGUCCUGUAA